CCACCUAAACAUUAGGAAGAACUUCCUGACAGUAAGAGCUGUUCGGCAGUGGAAUUUGCUGCCAAGGAGUGUGGUGGAGUCUCCUUUGGAGGUCUUUAAGCAGAGGCUUGACAGCCAUCUGUCAGGAAUGCUUUGAUGGUGUUUCCUGCUUGGCAGGGGGUUGGACUGGAUGGCCCUUGUGGUCUCUUCCAACUCUAGGAUUUCUAACCUAUACCAUCAGCAACUGAAUCUAUAGGGAUCCAGUUUUCAGCUCCUGAGCUGGGGUUUAUCGCACAAGAUCAUCUGGUGCACUGGCCUGGCCCAAGUGGAUUAUUUCUGCUUUCAUCUUCCGUUUCCUUGGAGGAAAUGAAGGCCAAGCGAUGACGGCUGGCUGAAGGCGCCCACCAAGUUUUAAGCCCGAGUGGAAAUUUGAACCCGUCUCUCUUGCCUGGAUAAUACUAAAGUUAGAAAGAGUGAAAUGCUUAUGGGGAGUGUCCUGUGCAAUGACAAAGGCGAGGGCAUGCCUGGUUUUCCCUUGUGUGUUUUUAAUUUCAGUGAUGCCUCAGCCUCUUCCGCCAAUUUAGCUGCUUCAAUGCAGGAAUUGCAGAUAAAGACCCCAAAGAGGGGGGAAUCCAACUUCCGUUUUAAAACCUCCCACAAAGGAGGGGCCAAAUGAAGUCACAGAAGGCGCGGAGCUGCCGGGAGGUGCCGUCUUGAUGAACGGGGCACCCCUGGAGGGGGCCCUCCCACCUCCCGCCAGUCCCGCCCAGAGCCAGCUCUCCUUCCAGAUCCAGUCGGUGACCCCAUUCCCCGAGCCCAGCCAGCCCCGGGAGACGUGGGGAGGGAAGUACGAGUUCCUCCUCUCCUGCAUUGGGUACUGCGUGGGGCUGGGCAACGUGUGGAGGUUCCCGUAUCUCUGCUAUCGCAACGGGGGUGGGGUGUUCCUGAUCCCAUACGCCAUCAUGCUUCUCUUCACUGGUCUGCCUCUCUUCUUGAUGGAGCUGAGCCUGGGCCAAUAUGGGGCUGCGGGACCUAUCACUGUCUGGAAGUGCUGCCCCCUCUUGAAAGGGAUUGGGAUCGGAAUGCUGCUGGUCUCCUCGCUGGUCUCUCUCUACUACAACAUCAUCAUUGCCUGGACCUUCUAUUACUUGGGCAUGUCUUUGCAGAGCCCCCUGCCCUGGUCCUGCGAUGCCCCACAGAACGCCCGCCUCUGCCAGUUCCAGAACGAAUCCUGGGGCAACGCCUCUCAAGUCAGCGCCAGUGAAGUCUUUUGGAACGAACAGGUCCUUGGCGUGGUCCACAGCACUGGCCUGGGAGACCCUGGCCCCGUGAGAUGGCCGCUGGCUCUGUGUCUGCUGCUCGCCUGGCUGGUCAUCUUUCUGUGCAUGCUCAAGGGAAUCCACAGCUCUGGAAAGGUGGUCUACUUCACAGCUACCUUCCCCUACGUGGUCAUCGUGGUGUUGAUCAUCCGAGGAGCCACUCUGGAGGGAUCCAUCGAGGGCGUGCGAUUCUACCUCUCCGCAGACUGGAGCCGGCUGAGCAGUGCGCAGGUCUGGAACGAUGCUGCCUCGCAAAUCUUCUAUUCUCUGGGCAUUGGCUUUGGGGGUCUGCUUUCUAUGGCUUCCUACAACAAGUUUGACAACAAUGUGAUCAGGGACACCCUGGUCAUCGCCAUUGGCAACUGCUGCACCAGUUUCUUUGCUGGCUUCGCCAUCUUCUCCAUCCUGGGCCACAUGGCUUGGCGGAAGAAGGUCCCCGUGGGGAAAGUGGCAGAUUCAGGUCCAGGUCUGGCUUUCGUGGCCUACCCAGAAGCCCUCGCUCUGCUGCCGGGGUCGUCCUUCUGGUCCAUCCUCUUCUUCCUGAUGCUCUUCACCCUCGGAGUGGACACCUUGUUCGGGAACAUGGAAGGCAUCACGACGGCAGCGAUGGACGAGUUUCCUUCGCUUCGCGACUGGAGGCGCAAAGCCGUCUUCCUGGGGCUUCUCUGCUUUGCCUUCUACCUUCUGGGGCUCCUGCUAAUCACAGAGGGCGGCAUCUACUGGUUCACCCUCAUGGACUCUUAUAGCACCAGCUUUGGGCUCAUCAUCAUCGCCCUCUUCAUGUGCCUCGGAGUUACCUUCUUCUACGGCAUCAAUAAGUUCUGCCAAGACAUCGUGGACAUGAUCUGCCGCUGCCCACCCUGGUGCAGCCAGCUGGUGCUCUACUUCAAAGCCUGCUGGGUGGUCUUCACGCCAGGGCUCUUGCUGUUCAUCCUCUUCUACAUCUUCCUGGAUCUGUCCAGCACGACUUUGCAUUACGGCACUUACCAGUAUCCCCAGUGGGGGGAGGCCCUGGGCAUCUGCAUGGGGGUCGUGACCUGCAUCCAGAUCCCUCUCUGGGCAGCCAUCGCCCUCUUCAAGGAGUCGGGGACCCUGGCAGAUCGUUUCAGGAAAGCCAUCCGCCCUCUGAACUCCUGGCGAAGUGCCAGCAGCCGAGACGCAUCUCACGAGAUCAUCGAUGUCCCCUACACGGUGAACCUGACGGACAAUGACUUCACGGGGGGCUGGCAGCCGCCGCGCAGCAACGAAGCAUCAAUCUGUGGGUGAACGGAGAGGGUUCAUGCCAGCUCCACAGAGCCGCGGUUGUCCGCCUUUGCCGACAGCAACCGCCCUUCUCGGCUUCCUUGGAGACGUUGAUGGAGACCUCCAGGAAGCCCUGCUGGAUCAGGGCCAAACUCUUCAUUGCGAGGCCUGCCUAAGGCUGCAGAGAUCAUUUCCUUACGUCACAGGGUGGUGGCCCGGAGCUGGCAGAACUCUUCCACGUCCUGCUGUGGCGACGUUGGUGGCACUUGCCAGUCCAGCCCCCCAGCCCUGCGGGGCUCACGAACGCAGCAGGCUAUUGCUGUCUCCAGGAGCUCCUCCAACUCAGCAGAUCUUGGCAGGCUGGAUCCCAGCCAGUCUUCCUGGAUUGGUGAAGAGUCAACCCCCCCUUUCUCAUUUGCACAUCUGACUCUCUGGCCAGGAAGAAAACAAGCAGGACGUUGUCUGCUGAUCUGGGCUGCUUCCUCCCUUGUGCCCCACCCAGGUCAUUCUUCCUUAUUCCCUCUUCCCUCCUCUCACCCCCCUUUUUGAAGUGGCCCAAGCAGACGGCCAGUGGGGGGGCUGGGGUUUCUACCAGGUGUUUGCCCGUCUCUUUUUAGACAUCCAAGUUUGGCAGAGUCCCUGCUAGGUGCCAAGUGCGAAGCCAAUGAAGUAACCGAGCUCAAGCCGGUGUAGGGAAGGACCCUAACCCCCUGGAUAAGGACUGGCCCUCCUAUGGGAUGUGGGACUCAACCUGCAUCUGCACUGACCAAUGGCAAUGCUGCCUGGGGCUGAUGAGAGCUGGAGGGGUCCCCGAUUCCUGUCGUCAUGCCCUGGAAGGUGCAGGCAGCUGGAUCUCUGCAGCUGCCACAGAGGGGGGUCUCCACCCUUGAGCCCCUUCCCCUGCCAUUGCUCCUCCUGAAAGACACCAGCUCAGAAUCCCCUUGCCCCCCGUCUCUGCGUUCCGUUGCUCUGUUGUAUUCCCUCUUUGGAUUCCUGUUUCUCUCUCUUCAGAUCUGCGGGUGCCAAUGUGUGGAUGACUAGGGAGGGGGUUCGAACUGUAUGUGGCUUUGGUUGGCGGAAGUGGGGGGGCGCAUUGGGAGGGAAAGGUUUGGAAGGUUCUGUGAAGACCAGACGUGGAAGCAGGGCUCCCCCUCCCUUCCAGGGGAAACUGGAAGAUUUCCCCCUAAAUAAAUGGUGUGAUCUCUUCCGAGUGCCUUGAGGCAGUUGAUUUUUUUCUCUCCCUUGGGAACUGUGCCAAAGACAGCCCAGGGUAGGAUUAGGGUGCAUACACAUAGCCCACAUUGCGUGCAUAAAUGGCUAUUGCAAUGCUAUAGCACAUAUAGCACAGGGCUGACCCAGAAGACAAGUUAGGAAAUGUCAGCCGAUGUAGAAUUUGGUGGCCAGGCAGUUCCCUGGGGCAAGAUGCCUAUCCUGGCCACCAAUCUGUUUCUAGGCCUUAUAAACAGCUCAGGGCUGCAAUACCUCAUGAACUGACCCGGAUCCUGAGCUCAUCCUCUGAGGCCCUUCUUCGUGUGCCCCCCUUCCCUGCAAUGGCAAGAGCUGUCCGGCAGUGGAACAGACUUCCUUGGAGUUUUUUAAGCAGAGAUCAGACGACAACCUGACAGGGAUCCUUCAGCUGCGAGCUGCCAAGUCCUUACCAGGGGGAA